AUGGAGGGACAAUCUGCGACUACUACCACGGCUACUGAAUGGAGGGAGAAGCUGGAGGAGAGGGCCCGCAGGCUCAGUGCGAUGCUGCGCAGUGGUGAACAGAAUGUAGGCGGGAUCCUUGAGUUUGCAAAAGAUCUGUUCAAUUACGGUGUGAAGAACAAUUCAAUUCUGCCUCAGGAUGACGACGAGGAUGAUGAUGAGGAGGAGGAAGGGGAGCUGGACGACGGUGAUGAUGGUGAAAAUGACGGUGAAGAUGCAGAUGGCGAUGAUGACGAUGUUGACAACAACGCUGAUGGUGCAGCCCCAGAGAUGGACACAAGACUGUACCAGUUUGACAUGGAAGAGGAGGAAGAUAUCGAUGCAUCCAAUGAUGAUUCCCACGGUGAAAAUUCCCACGACGACUUGUUCGCAGGUAUAUUUGACGGGAACGUGUUUGAACGGGUCAUUGACAUCUUAGACUCGCUGACCCCCGCUCAAGUAACGGCAAUGAAAACCCAAGCGUUUCUGCUGAAGGGUGACUGCCACCUCGAGUUGGAAGAUUUCAACGAAAGUAUGCGGCAGUACCUCGCCGCAAUCGAGGGCGAAAAGGACUUGAACCAAAUGAUCACAAUCUACUUGCGGCUGUGCGAGGCAGCCAAAUGGGCACAGCACACGAAGUACCCCUGGUUCGUGGAGAGCGCCAUUGCUCUGCUCGAGCAGCGUAUAAACUCCGAUCUCUCCGCGGACGCCGCAGCAGACCGCCGUCUCCUGGAAGACCUACGGGAGGACUUACAGGAUGCAGAGUCCGCUAACGAGGACAUCCGCGUCAAGCACCCAGAAUUCGACAGCAUCUUGAAACGGGCACUCGGCCAAAUGGUCCAGUACGACGAGCAAACGGAGGGCAAAGCGGUAGACCUUACAAAUCUCGUUGUAAAGAAGAGGAAACGGAAGUGA